GACUGGGAGCCGAUGCGCCGAGGCGCCGCGGAGCUUUGCUUGGGCUCUGGUGUGGGCAGCGCUUCCAUCUGUGACUCGGACGUACCUGUGUCACACCAUCACAGCGUGCCGUGCUACAGGGUCUGGAUGCAGCUACAAGGAGGGUUUGAGCUGUAGAAGUUAAUUCAGCAAAGCCAGGUACCACAGGCUGCUGUCCCAGCACAAGCAAGGGUGCCUGUGUGUUCAAUGCAGGGGAUUCGGAUGGCACACACCAGAAAGGAGCCACCGGUUGGGAUAAACCUCGGGAGGUGUUUGGAGAGUGUGACCUGUAAGGGACAGAAGGACUGGAUUCCUUUUAGAGAAGAGAAACAGAAGUUUCACAUCUAUUAACACCUGCAUAUAUCUCUCAGGUCUGUCCUGGUACAAGAGGAUGUUCAGCCUUUCCUGCCUUCCUCCCUGUAGAUAAGAAGUAAGGGAUCCUUAGUGGAGGUACUGGGGAGGAAACUCCUCAACAACAGGUUAGUGGCACAGGGGCAGUUUUUGUGAGGAGCUGGCUGAGCCUCCUCUGAGCAGAGGGUGAAGAUGUCAGAGCAAGAGGUGCAGCUCACCUGACCUGGAUCAUCAGAUACACUUGAUCUGCACUGAGAAGGGUGGAGAUAUGGGUUAGCUGCCCUCUUGAGCUGCCUUUUAGCCCUCAGGAUUUAAGAAAUACUUUAGUAAUUGCUUCAUAAUAUUUUAAAGCCUGGCUUUGGCUGGCAGCCUUGCCUGGCACCCUUCAUAUAACUUGAUCUUCUAAACAAACCUCCAAAUGUCACAAGUGAGCACAUGAAGCAAGGCUGGCUGUGCCCUUGCCUUGCUCCACAGAGGCCACGGUAAGCUGAAAGCUGCAAAAUAAGCCUGAGAAGCAGGCAAGAGCCCCAAUCCAUCUUAGCUCCUGAGAACUGGAGGCUGCUGAGCUGUCAUGGGGAACACCACCAGCGAGCGAGUAUCCGGGGAGCGCCAUGGCUCCAAGUCCCACCGCUCGGACGGCUCCGGUGCUUCCCACCCCACCAAGGAGCACCCCCACAAGAUCAUGGUGGGCAGCACCGAUGACCCCAGCGUUUUCAGCUCCCAUGACUCCAAGAUUCCUGGGGACAAGGAGUUUGUGUCGUGGCAGCCAGAUCUAGAGGAGUCAGUGAAACCAUCCCAACAGGCUCGACCAACUGUCAUCCGCUGGGCCGAUGGAGGCAAAGAGGUUUUCAUCUCUGGAUCCUUCAACAACUGGAGCACUAAGAUCCCACUCAUCAAGAGCCACAACGACUUCGUUGCUAUCCUGGAUCUCCCAGAAGGAGAGCACCAGUACAAAUUUUUUGUGGAUGGCCAGUGGGUCCAUGACCCAUCUGAGCCCGUGGUCACCAGCCAGAUGGGGACGAUUAACAACCUAAUCCACGUCAAGAAGUCUGACUUUGAGGUGUUUGAUGCAUUGAAGGUGGAUUCCCUGGAGAGCUCAGAAACCUCAGGUCGGGACUUAUCAAGCUCACCACCUGGACCUUACGGCCAAGAGAUGUACGUAUACCGGCCCGAGGAGCGCUUCAAAUCCCCACCCAUCCUCCCACCUCAUCUCCUCCAGGUCAUCCUGAACAAGGACACCAAUAUCUCGUGCGACCCAGCACUGCUGCCCGAACCCAACCACGUCAUGCUCAAUCACCUCUACGCGCUCUCCAUCAAGGACGGCGUGAUGGUGCUCAGUGCCACGCACCGCUACAAGAAGAAGUACGUCACCACGCUGCUGUACAAGCCCAUCUGAGCCAGAGCCUCGCCCACCCCCCACGCAGGACACGAAACGCCGCUUUGUCUGCACACACUGGGCCACAGGACUGUGUGAGAACUAGGUGCUGGCUCCAGCCUCAAACCUGACAGGGACACAGGCCCUGGCAAUGAGCCCAGGGCCGCUGGGGCCUGUGACACUGUCUCAUCCUACUGGUGUGGUUCAAUUUAGCCCUUGGUUUCCGCCCACCUGCAGCUCCCCUAGGCUUCUGUGAGUCUCUGGGACCACUUUGCUGCUCACCAGAACAGCCUUUCCUCACGCCCAACACGGAAAGGGCUUCACCCUGACUGUCUUCUCCAGCCUGCAAGGGCCUCAAGGUGAUCCUAGCACUACCCCCAGCCCAGGCCUCCAGGAAUGUGUCCUACCUGCUGAAGGUUGCUCUGGUGUCUUGGUCUUGAGUUUCCAAAGGCCACCUUGAUCACUAGAGGCUCUGUGACACUCCAGCCUGCUACCUGCCCCCUGUCCCACAGCCCUGGCUGUGGGGCCGUCCCCCAGCUUUGAGAAGGGCUCUCAGCUCUGGAGCCCCAGCCCCCUGCCAGGUUCAGCGUCGAGCCAGCAGGGUGGAAGGUACAGCCGGACACAGCCACGCUUACCUGCUGCUGGGACAGCACCGUCGAGGACUGACUGCGACUGCUCUGUCCCCAACACUGAGUGCUUCUAUGGGACAGGGUUGGCUUCAUCAUAGCCAGAGGGGCACUGGCACAUGCCCACACUGAAGGGGCCUGGGGCGAGCAGAGCCGGGCAGGCACCCCAGGACCCUGGCUGCACCGCCUGCUGCCGCAGCAGUGCCAUGGGACAGGCAUUUCUCUAUUUAUUACAGUAUUUAUUGUUCUCGGUG